GGGAAGCUUUCACUCUUCUCGAUUCUUGGAGUUUAUUCAUCUAGGAAAGAGCCAUCAUGGGUGUUGAUUUGGGAGUUCGUCACCACCAAAAGAAGGGGCACAGGGAUGCACCCAAGUCUCAGGAUGUGUACCUUCGUAUGCUUGUGAAGCUUUACCGCUUCCUUGCUCGCCGUACCGAAUCCAAGUUCAACCAGGUCGUCUUGAAGCGCCUGUUUAUGUCCCGGGUGAACCGUCCCCCUAUCUCUGUCUCUCGUCUCGCCCGUUUCAUGAAGGGCAAGGAAGACAAGAUCGCCGUCAUUGUCGGAACUGUGACCGACGACAACCGUCUCUUGGAGGUGCCCAAGCUCACUGUUGCUGCCCUGCGUGUGACCCGCACUGCUCGUGCGCGUAUCAUCAAGGCCGGUGGUGAGAUCCUCACCUUUGACCAACUUGCCCUCCGCUCUCCCCUCGGAAAGGGCACUGUCCUUCUUCGUGGUCAGAGGAACACCCGUGAGGCCGUCAAGCACUUUGGCGUUCCUGGCAAGCCCCAUAGCAGCGCCAAGCCUUACGUCCGGUCUAAGGGCCGCAAGUUUGAGCGUGCUCGUGGUCGCAGAAAGUCCCGUGGUUACAAGGCGUAAGCGUCUUGUACGUUUCAUUGUCUUUAGAUUAGUUCGUUGUACAUCGUACUGUCUAAAGGUGCAUGAAUAUAUGACAUUACCAGUCAAUUAUGUGCA